AACCUGGAAGAAGCUGUUCAAUUAAGGUUAAAAAAAAAAAAAGAGCAAUUGUUAGCAAUGUGGUGCUGAAAUCAAGACUUAACUUUGAAGUAUCAAGAAUGAUAACCUCUCAUCCACUUCAUGUGAUUUUUAAGAAUAAGUUUUAUAUAUUUCUCCAGGUAUUAAAGUGGAUGUCCACCUUUGCCAUUUCAGAACCUAAAGGCAGAAUCUAAUGGUAAAAUGAAGACAACCUAGUUGUCUUCUAAUAACCUAGUUAGUUCUAAUAACAUUCUCAAAUAUUUUCAUCUAGAGUAAAUAUUUACUGUUGGCUUUGUAUUCUGGGAAUUAGCCCAAGACUAUGCUGCUCAAAUGGGUGCAAAUAUACUCUCAGGUUGCAAUAGCAUGACUAGUGGUAUUUGAAGCAAUAAUUGUUCCAUCUUGGAUUAUCGGUUUUGCUCAUUGAUUUGGUAAAGUUUUUGUUUUUCUACUCGUGCCAGUUGUAUUAAAAUGUUACUAGGUUAAAAACAAACACAGAUAUGUUUAUUCAUUACUGUAUCCCUGUAAUAAUGCCUGGCAUGCAGUAGGCCCCUAAUAUUUGUUGAACAAAUGAAUUAUAGAAUAGAGUGCAAAAUUCUAAUGUAUUUUAAAGUAAAGCAUGAGAGUUCAAAGAAAUGUAUUUGCCAUCUACAAUUUGGAAUAAUGUUCCUUGAUCCUGCUUUACUUCAUGCACUUUUGCCAGCAGAGGCGGAUGCCUUAGGGAAAAAGUUGGAUAAAUGCUGAUCUAAGGCAACACAUCUAAAUGGUUAUGUGAACAUUUCCCAGUUGAGGUAAAACUAAGAGGAGUGAUAAUAACAUCAAUUUAAAGGACAAGUUCACUGAUGGUACUGUCAUACUCCAGAGAUACAUGUGCCAAGAAGCAAAGAGAUGCACUCUUGUAUUCCAGAAAGAAGAUGAUUUAGGACAUACAAGUCAGGCAGCAAAAGUUGGAGCCAUUGUAUGACUGUGUGUCAAAAUGAGAGUCACACACUUCAAGAACUGUAGGAACUAAUUUUAGAAAAAGACUCUUCAGAACAGAUGACACAUGAAAUGUAAAGCCAUGAAAAUAAUGUCAAAGGAGGGAGUUAGGCAGAUCUUCAAAGAACAUUUUUUUCUCGAACUGCUUCCAUGGAAGACUCAACCUCCCCGAAGCAAGAAAAAGAAAACCAAGAACUAGGGGAAACAAGGCGGCCAUGGGACGGAAAGACAGCAGCUUCUCCCCAAUAUUCUGAGCCUGAGUCGUCUGAGCCCUUGGAGGCGAAGCAGGGGCCAGAAACUGGACGCCAGUCCCGAAGCAGCCGUCCUUGGAGCCCGCAGUCUAGAGCCAGGACGCCUCUGGGUGGCCCCGCGGGACCAGAAACAUUAUCACCUGCUCCUGUCUCUCCGUGGGAGCCCUCUUCCACUCCCUCUCCCCUGGCUCCGGCCAGACAAGACCUCGCGGCACCACCUCAGUCAGACAGGACCACGAGUGUGAUUCCUGAAGCUGGGACACCUUAUCCUGAUCCUUUGGAACAAUCAUCUGAUAAAAGAGAAUCAACUCCUCAUCAUCACACCAGCCAGUCAGAGGGAAACACCUUUCAACAGUCUCGGCAACCCAAACCCCACCUGUGUGGACGAAGGGACGUGAGCUAUAACAACGCUAAACAGAAAGAGCUGAGAUUUGACGUUUUUCAGGAGGAAGACUCAAACAGUGACUAUGAUUUACAGCAGCCGGCGCCUGGGGGCUCUGAAGUGGCCCCCAGCAUGCUUGAGAUCACCAUUCAGAAUGCUAAGGCUUACCUGCUGAAGACUAGUAGCAAUUCGGGCUUUAAUCUAUAUGAUCAUCUUUCUAAUAUGUUGACCAAGAUAUUAAAUGAGCGUCCUGAAAAUGCUGUUGACAUCUUUGAAAAUAUUAGCCAAGAUGUGAAGAUGGCACAUUUUAGUAAAAAAUUUGAUACACUCCAAAAUGAGAAUGAGUUGCUUCCAACAUAUGAAAUAGCAGAAAAGCAAAAGGCUCUUUUUCUCCAGGGACAUUUGGAAGGAGUUGACCAAGAAUUGGAAGAUGAAAUAGCAGAAAACGCUCUUCCAAAUGUAAUGGAGUCAGCUUUUUAUUUUGAACAAGCUGGAGUUGGUUUGGGCACAGAUGAGACAUACCGCAUAUUUCUUGCCCUCAAGCAGCUUACUGACACCCACCCAAUCCAAAGAUGCCGCUUCUGGGGAAAGAUCUUGGGUCUGGAAAUGAAUUAUAUUGUAGCUGAAGUGGAAUUUCGUGAGGGGGAAGAUGAAGAGGAAGUGGAAGAGGAAGUUGUAGCUGAAGAGAGGGACAAUGGAGAAAGUGAAGCUGAGGAAGAUGAAUUACCAAAGUCCUUUUACAAGGCCCCACAGGCUAUACCAAAAGAAGAAAGUAGAACAGGUGCCAACAAAUAUGUCUAUUUUGUUUGCAAUGAACCAGGAAGACCAUGGGUGAAGUUACCACCAGUUAUACCUGCACAAAUUGUUAUUGCAAGAAAAAUCAAGAAAUUUUUCACUGGGCGAUUGGAUGCUCCCAUCAUAAGCUACCCACCUUUCCCAGGAAAUGAGAGUAAUUAUUUACGAGCGCAAAUUGCCCGAAUUUCAGCAGGAACCCACGUCAGUCCUCUAGGAUUUUAUCGGUUUGGUGAAGAGGAAGGAGAGGAGGAGGAAGAGGUAGAAGGUGGGCGAAAUAGCUUUGAGGAAAACCCUGAUUUUGAAGGCAUCCAAGUGAUUGAUCUAGUAGAAUCCCUAUCCAAUUGGGUUCAUCAUGUACAGCAUAUUCUCUCUCAGGGUCGCUGUAAUUGGUUCAACUCCAUACAAAAAAAUGAAGAAGAAGAAGAGGAAGAAGAUGAAGAAAAAGAAGAGACUGACUACAUAGAACAAGAAGUGGGGCCUCCUCUUUUGACACCAAUCUCUGAAGAUUUAGAGAUUCAGAAUAUACCCCCCUGGACAACACGGUUAUCCUCAAAUCUCAUUCCACAAUAUGCUAUUGCAGUCCUUCAAUCCAACCUUUGGCCUGGAGCAUAUGCCUUCUCCAAUGGCAAAAAGUUUGAAAAUUUCUACAUAGGCUGGGGUCAUAAGUAUAGUCCAGACAAUUAUACACCCCCAGUUCCACCACCAGUUUAUCAAGAAUACCCCAGUGGACCAGAAAUUACAGAAAUGGAUGAUCCUAGUGUGGAGGAGGAGCAGGCUUUCAGGGCUGCACAAGAAGCAGUUCUACUCGCAGCUGAGAAUGAAGAAUCUGAGGAAGAUGAAGAUGAGGAAGACGAUUAUGACUAAUAAACAUAAAAUUAGCCUGGUUUUAUGUGACACUGAUACACACACACCCCUUAUAUGGGACUAAUUUUACACUUUUCUGUGUAUGUGUGUAUAUACAUACAUAUGUAAGAAAUUAUUCAACUGCAAAAUGUCAAUCUUGAAAAUAUCAAGCUUGAAAUUUCAUAGGUAGAAAUAUUAGCAUUUUUAUUAAAAGAUACUCACGGGAUUUUCCAGAGGCUAAAUAACAUGCAAUCACAUAAUUGUUCUGAGGGUUAUGGAUAAUGGAAUAUGUGCUUGUACAUUCUUGUUUUUAAAAGGGCUCAGGUUUCACAUGGUCCAGGUGAGGUAAAACAAUUCAAAUAAAUAAAUAAAUGGUCUCAGGUUUAAUUUGUAAUACGACAAACACUGGAAGAUAUAACCCACAGGAAAUUCUUGGAAACAUCAAUACUUUUCUAAGAGUGUCAAGGGGUAUGAAGACAAAAAAUAUUGAUAGUCACUAGAGUAAUGUAUUCUUAACCUUUGUAAGAACUGAUCUCAGCAUGUAUUCUUAAACCUUUGUAAUUACCUAUGGUGCAGAGUGUGAUAUUGUGUGCAAACACUGUAUAGCAUAUAUAUUCAUUUUUCCUGCUUGAGAUAGUAUCAUAAUUCUGUCACCUGCUUAAAACUGUAGGAACACUUAAAAUUUUUUUUUUUUUUUUUUUUUUUUUGAGACGGAGUCUCUGUCGCCAGGCUAGAGUGCAGUAGUGCGAUCUCGGCUCACUGCCACCUCUGCCUCCCGGGUUCAAGCGUUUCUCCUGCCUCAGCCUCCUGAGUAGCUGGGACUACAGGUGCGCACCACUACGCCUGGCUUUUUUUGUAUUUUUAGUAGAAACGGGGUUUCACCAUGUUAGCCAGGCUGGUAAAUUUUGAACUCUUUUGUUACUUCUCCAAAAGUCUUCUCAGACUCCUCUUUCAUCCUACAGAAAUUGAUUUGAACUGAUUAGGGAAAAAUGAUUUGCUUUGCACAGAUAUGGUUAGCUGGAGAUAGCCAGAGACUUGACUUAUAUUUUCUAGCACUACUUCUCUAAAACAUUAUUUUCCCUCACUAAAAAAGCAUUUUUAAGUCCUAUAUGUACCAGAUAUACCUGUGGCUAUUACUAAAAACUAGGCACUACUCUUGAAAUCAUAGAGCUUUCAUUGAAGAGAGAACUAUAAAAAGGUAAAUAAAAAUGUAAAAUCAAUUGCAAUUUAGCAAGUAUUGUGAUACAAAUAUUACAGGUAACACAGAACAGUGCUUCUCAAAUUCUACGGUAACAGAAUUUGGGUAAAUUAAAAAAUAAUUCCAAUCCAUUACUGUUGUUUUUUAAAAAUAAAAUGACACAGCAGUUCUCAACGUCUGUACUUACCUUGCCACAGACCUUCAGUUUGCAGAUCACAGAUCUGCACCUGGAGUAACAUUGUUGUCAAACACUUACAGGGUACACUGAAUUCAGACUUCAGCAAGUCAGGAAGCACUUCUAAGAGCCACCAGGUGGAGUGCUAUGGGAGAAGGUUCUUGGUGGCAUCAGCUGCACCCUGACAAAGGACUUUUGGCUGAAAGGAAUGAAAUUUCAACCGCAAGAAGUGGUGAGAGAUGAGCCUGCAGAGGCAAAGAGGGGCUAGAGUGUGUGGAAGUCUGGAUUUUACCCACGAACAGUGAAGAGGAUUACACUAGAAAGUCACACAAAUAUUUGUAUUUAAGAACAUUUUGGCUACAGUGUAGAUGGAUGAGAGAGAAUCCAGACUUGAGACAAGGAGACCAGUUAGGAGGUUAUCACAUUAUCUAGGUAACACAGUGGCUCACACCUAUAAUCCCAGCACUUUGGGAGGCCAAGGCGGGUGGAUCACCUGAGGUCAGGAGUUCGAGACCAGCCUGGCCAACGUGGCAAAACCUCGUCUCUACUAAAAAUACAAACAUCAGUCGGGUGUCAUGGCGCAUGCCUGUAAUCCCAGCUACUCGUGAGGCUGAGGCAGGAGAAUCACUUGAACCUGGGAGGUGGAGGCUGCAGUGAGCCAAGAUCGCGCCAUUGGCACUCCAGCUCCAGCCUGGGCAACAAAAUGAAACUCCGUCUCAAAAACAAAAACAAACAAACAAAAAAACAAAAAACCCAGGAUAACUGCAAGUGGAUAUAAAGUAGAAAACUGCACCUGGUGGCUGAGGUGGGAGGAUCGCUUGAGCCCAGGAGGUCAAGUGAGCUAUGAUCGUGCCACUGCACUCCAGCCUGCGUGACAGAGCAAGACCAUGUCUCAAAAAAAAAAAAAAAAAAAGAAAACUGGUUACCAGUCUGAAGGACAGAACAUUAGGAAAGAUGGUUUCCAGAAUUAAACUGGCAAUAUUUCAUUCUUGAAGUGCAACUUUCAGUCUUUGUUGGCAUACCUAAAAUUCACAAAACUUCAUUCAUAUUGGCUUAUUCAUUUUUUCAUGACAUAGUAGACAUGUUCUUUUGUGUUGCUUAAUAUCCAUUUCAUUACCUACCCUGAUUUCCUUUUGAGGAACUGCCUCUGUCCCAUUAGAUAGUCUCAUGCCAAUCAGAUGUAGCCUCUCUGGGAUCUAAAUUACGGGCUCCUAACCAGAUUGUUCCUUCUAUAAAUUAGACCAUAUUCUAGUUUCCACAGUUGGCUUGGUUCCAGCUAAGUUCUACCCAUGGACUGUGAGCUUCUGGUAAUUUUUUGAUGAAUUACAUUGGCCAGGAUUCUUGGUUGCAACCACAC